UGUCACUACUUCAGUCUUGCUGUAACUUAGCUCGGAUCAGACGUCGUUCAACAUGGCUUUUAAAGUGCUCAUCUUUGCCUUUUUGGCUGUCGGUGUGUUAGCCGAAUACCAGAUCACUGAGGAACAGCGCAACCAAUUCAAACAAGUAAUUGCUGAUACGUGCAAAAGGAACGGCGCUGAAGGAAAAGUAGACGAAAUCACAACAACCGUGCACACAUUUGUUGACUGUGUCAAGGGUUUAUUCAACGUGGAAACCGUAAAGAAGGAAAUAGAAGAAGCCAAACCCAAUGGUGCUCUUGAUGAGGUCUUUAAGAAAUACUGCGCAAAGUCUCCACAGCUGAAAACCUGCAUCAGCACACUUAUUGACGGCGUGUCUCCAUGUCUAGAUAACAGUAUCCGCGAGAACAUCGGCACUGGAAAGAACGCUACAUCACAACUUAUUGACUUUGUCUGCCAUAAGGAUGGUGAUAGGAUCGCGUUGUUCAUCGCUGAGGAGGGGCCCCAAUGUUUCCAAGAGAAGUCUGGUGCGAUCCGCGCGUGUGCUGACAAGGCAAAGGAAGGCAUCACCGGCGUCGAAGCCGUUAAGAAACUGACUAUUGAUGAACAAUGCGCUAAGUUUGACAGCUUAACAUCGUGCAUCGUAAAGGCUCUUGAGGAAUGCUCUUCUCCUACACCUGGCAACAUGGCCGAGUCCUUAUUCAGAUAUAUGAAGAACGGAUCUCCUUGCAAGAAAAACUAAUAGGAGGUAAUCAUACUAACGAAUACUAAAAAAAAAAACAAUAAAAUUUAGUUUUAUAAAAA